GUGAGAGAAAGAUGCAUGCAGCAGCCAAGCGAGGGAUGGUGUGUGCUACAGACAGCUUUAAGUGGAUCAUCUGAGAUAUCAAGCUUUAGUGCCACACAAAAAAUGAAUGCUCAGACAGUCGGGUGGUUGGUAUUUCUGGCAAUUAUAAAAAAUUUUUCUUUUGGGCAAAGAACAAUCCCCUUCGAACUCGUUGACAAACACCAGACAGCUACAGAGGGCUCCUGCAUUGAAAUCAAAUGCAGAGUCUCUCAGAAAGUGACUGUUGAUGAUGCAUACUGGUUUUGGAUAAAGAAUGCUAUUUGGAACAAUGGAGUUUUUAAUGGAACUGUCAUUUACAGCACAAAUAACAUAACACAGCCUGUCAGUGCAGACUUUGCAGACAGAGUGAAAUAUAUCGGUUCUUCACCUUCACUUUGGAACAGUAACGGUGAAACUUCACCUGAGUGCAGUAUUUUAAUCUGCGACCUGAAAAUACCUGACAAUGGAAACUAUUCUUUCAGAUUUGUUGGAGCAUCAAACACACGUGUGUGGAUAACCAAACCAGCGGUGAAGCUUGAAGUUAAAGAAAAUCCAUGCCUGAUCACUUUUGAGAAACCACCUGUCGUAAACGAAGGUGACACUGUAACACUCACUUGCUCCACUUUGAGUUCAUGUUCUAAAAACCCACAAAUUGGGGAUUUGACAGAACUGUUUCCAACUCCGCUCUCAAAGCAUCCAGAAAAUGGACAGAAGAAAAGCACCGCAGUCAGUUUCACUGUCGACUGGCAGGAUGACGGGAAGGUUUUUUCAUGCUGGACAAAUGUCAGCGACAAACAUUUGAUCCGGAACAUCAGUUUAACUGUCGAAUAUUCUCCCAAAGAACUAUUGGCUAAAAUAAGCCCUGAGAACAUUGUGGAAAGACAAACUGUGACCCUCACUUGCUCCGCCAAAGGACGUCCAGACCCAACCUUUACAUGGUUCAAUAAUAAAAGGGCAGUAAACGAAACAGGGGCAGUAUGGAAAAUCCCAUCAAUUAAAGAGUCACAGAAUGGAGAAUACCAUUGUGAAGCUAAAAACAAACAGGGGACAAUACCAUCAAAUCUAGUCACUAUUAGUGUUGAAUAUGCGCCAGAAGUUGAGGUGAUUUCACCUGCUCAAACAUUUGAACAUAGAACUAAAAUGAAUUUGACAUGUAAUGUGAAGAGAAGCAACCCACAACCACUCACCUACGUUUGGUUUAAAGAUAAUAAGGUUGUUGAUCAGCGUACAAAGCAGUAUGUUGUUGAAAGAGUCGAGCCUGAGGACAGCGGCUCCUACAACUGUAAAGCCACUAACGCUGUGGGUAAUGGAAAAUCGGAGCCAUUAAACAUUGAAGUUGAAUAUGGCCCAAGGAAGACAAAAAUUUCAACCAGUGAAGAUGUACGUGUGGAAGUUGGUAACCGUCUUACAUUCUAUUGUAACACUGAAGCCAAUCCUGCCCCAUUGAGGUACUCCUGGUACCGAUACAACAAAAAUGAACAGACUGACUCCUCACAGUGGAAGUUCAAGACAACUCAACAAAAAGAACUACGCUUGGACUCAGUAAAAAGAGCAGAUGAAGCAUGUUACGUGUGCAAUGCAACCAACAGGCUAAAUACAGGGGAGGAUAGUGAGUCAGUGUGCAUAGAAGUUCUCUAUGCUCCCACCGAGCUCAUGCUGUCUAUGGAUACGGAGGUCAGCGAGGAUCAGCUCAUCAUCAUCAGAUGCACUGUUGAAAGCUUCCCACCCUCAAAGCUUACCUUGACGUGGACUUCCGAAGCAAAUAAUCAGACUUCAAAAUUCACUCAAUCUGAUAAUGAACGGUCCCCCAACACUCUCCGGCAUGAAUUUAAUGCAACUUCAACCCACGCAGGCUUUUACAUCUGUAAAGCCGAAAACACCAAAGGUUCAAGUAUAAGCGAAAAGGGGAAGUUGAUGGUGAAAUAUCGUCCCAAAGACGUGACCGUAAAAGCUCAGCCGGCCCUUGUUGUGAACGAGAGCCAGUCGUUGACUCUAGAUUGCGGCGCCCGGUCCUACCCACCAGUGACCUCUGUCAUCUGGAGGAAGAUAACUGAUGGCAAGAGUAAAAUCCUCCAGAAGAUGAAGACCUUCAUUCUAAAGUCUGUCAGUCCUUCCGACAGCGGACUGUACAGCUGUGAAGCCAGUAAUGACAUAGGAACUGGAACCUCACAGCGAACAGAGGUUAAAGUCAAGUAUGCUCCAAAGCACACAAAUAUCCUGACGGUAGCAGAGCAGGAGCAGCCUAACGGGAUGAGUUACAUACAGCUGAGGUGCAGCAGUGAGAGCUAUCCCCCAGUCACACAAUAUACAUGGUAUAAGAUAAAGGGGGAUGAGGAAAGGGAUGAAAAGUUGUCUGACAAUCAGAUAUUCAAAGUGUAUUCAAACCAACCGGGAGUCUACUACUGCAUCGCAAAAAAUGAAAUAAAUCAAAGAUCGUCUGACCCAGUCCAUCUGUUUGAGGGAGAUUUUAUGAAGACCCUGUUAAUCAUCAUUUUUGUUAUUAUUCUGCUCAUCUUUUUAUUGAUUGUCGCCUACAGACACAGGAAGAAGAAGAAAUUAGGUCAACAAGGAACUCGGAAUAUACUCUGCUGUUUUGGUUUUCCGGGUUGGUGGAAUGGCGCUUGGAGGAGGAAUCGGCUGAACGACCCCGGUGUGGCAGAGCCUUUCAGGAGCAGAGAUGACCUUUUGCCAGACAAGCCGCACCGUCCAAAAGCCCAACGAUGCCAAACCCGUCCAGACACCACGCCUGCAUCCAACAUCAGCAGUGUGUACUGUACUGUGAAUCUGCCCUCCGGACAAGAAGGUCCUCCUGCACCAAAAAUAAUCAGACAGCAAGGUGGGGACACACAGGAGGAUUCUGUCACCUACGCUUCUUUACACUUUGGAAAUAAACAAGAAAACAAAUGGGCGAAGACAGAAGUUGAUGUGUAUACUGAGGUGUCCAAGCCACCCAAAAAGAAUGAAGAAAGGCUGGAGGAUUACGAGAACGUCAGCGCAGUAGACGGAGCCAGAGCUCCAUGUCCAGUGGACUAUGACACAGACACCAGUGAGGAUGACGUUCAGAUCAAUUAUUCACAGGUGAGCUUCAAGCCAAAGCCUGGACAUCAGCAAGUCAGCAGCGACUCCAGCACUUCUGAUGAAGACGAGACACAGUAUUCUGAGGUCAAAAUUUGAAAUAGCUGAGACACUCUUAUCCUACUUUACAGGUACAGACAAUUUUUGAAUAAGGUGUUUAAAAGUGAACAAUGUUUGAAACCUAUGGCACCUAAAUUAUAA